AUGGCUUUCCGGUCGGCCGCUAGCCAAAUAUCUGGGCCAUCCUCACUACCUCCACCCACAACUACCACGUUCACCGAUCACGACCCAGCGGCCAUUCCUUCCUCCCUUCGCCCACUUGUUGACAACAUUAUCAUCAGGCCAUGGCUUACACUCCGAGGCCGCGGUCGCCCGUCAACCCCCAUCACUCCGCCGUUCUGUCAAAACCGAGAAAAUCGCGAUGGCACGGCCGACCAGGUCAACUCAUGGCUCUCCGCUUCGGCUGGGUUGUUCUCGUGGUCUGGUAUGAGGUUGGAACGCUCUCUCUCAAGCUGCCGCUUCCCCGACUCGACCCUCCGCGCAACCUCGGGCGGCGCCAAGCCGACACACGUAGCGAUCAUCGCAGACCCGCACCUUCCUCAUCCUCAGUUUUCUCAUCCGGAGGAGAGCUCGUCAUGGGUCAACUCAGUCAGGCAGGGCUUCGAUGAGCUGUUCAUGCGCAAGAGCUGGAGCAUUUUGAACCGCAUUGGCCGCAUUGACGCUGUCGUCUUCCUCGGAGACAUGCUCGACUACGGUCGCGAGAAGAUGACAGAUGCUGAGUAUGACGACUACUUCCAGCUGUUCAAGCGAAUAUUCGAGCCGUCGCGAGGGACAGAGAUGUAUUACCUACCUGGUAACUACGACAUUCCCCUCGGCAACCCCGGCAACAUGUUCGAGCAGGCGGCGAGGGCGAGGGCACGGUUCACGAAUACCUUCGGACCGCUGCACAGCGUUGUGAAUGUCACGGGCCACAGCCUCGUGCUUCUCGAUUCGAUUGGUCUGGUGGAGGAGGAUUAUCGACGGUAUGGAGCAGAAGUCAACUUCGAAGAGUAUAAUGGCGACGACAGCAGUGUCAUCGAGUUUAUCAAGAGGAUACAGGCAGACCCCCUCCCGUCACCGAUCGUAUUCUCCCACAUCCCCCUGUCUCGACCAGAGUCCGCCAAGUGUGGUCCGCUGCGAGAAGGAAGCGAAGAUGCCAAGAUCAGGAAGGGCGUUGGACCCGGGUAUCAGAACCUCCUCGGCCGGCAGACGAGCAACUUCAUUGUAGACGCGAUCGACCCCAUCGUCGUGUUCAGCGGCGACGACCACGACUACUGCGAUAUGGUGCACGCAGACACGGGCGUGCGCGAGGUCACCGUCAAGUCGUUCUCACCCUCGACAGGCGUCAACCGGCCAGGCUUCCAGCUCCUCUCGCUCGUGCCGCCAGAAGCGAACAUGACGACCUACGCCGACGUCCCGUGCAUUCUCCCGGACCAGACUCACGUGUACCGGUGGGUGUACCUGCCUCUGGCCGUCGUAACGUGUGCGUGGCUGUUCUUCACCAACGCGCGUCAUGCGUGGGCGCGUUCCGGGGCAGACCUGAAAGCCAAGGGCAGUGCGUACGGUGCGAGUGACGAGAAGAAGGCCGUGCUGUCCUCGUGGGGCUCGUCAACACGACUCCGUCCCCAGGCAUCCGGACCGUCUUCGCCGCUUCUCAGCCCUCGGAUGAACACCGACGACCCCGAGCAGGGACAAGUGUACGACGCCUCGCCGCUCGGCUCCCGGCAGUCGUCGCACCUGGACCUGACGGACCAGUCCGUGAUCCGGCGUACGGGAAGCGGUGCGUCCCUCCUGCCAGGCGGCGGGGGGAUGAGUGCGCGUCGCAACGUCAACCUCCCGCGCAUCAAGUCGGCGACGGACUGGGCAUCGGCGGCGAAGAAGGACAAGCCCGUGCUCAACCUCAUGCUCGACCCGGGGGCGAAGCGCAGCCGCGUGCGUGCGAUCGGGCGUUGGCUUUGGCGCUCCCGCCGCUCCGUCCUCGUCCGCACGUGGACCGAGAUGAUCACCAUCUUCGCGCCGGCGCUCAUCGUGUGGUUCGGCCUCAACGCACUCUUCUUCUUGUAG